CAGUAGUCAAGCAGGCCGCAGCACCCGAAGCGGAAACAAGGCUCUCUCCAUGUCGCCCACGGAGACAACGCACUAACUCCAUCUAUCUCCAUCGCACGCGGACAUAACAUAAACACCGGGACAGAGCAUAACAUACGGAGCAAGCAACACGCACUGCAACUGGAGGGUGGAGGGUGGUUGGCAAUGGUAGGUGGCGUCCCAAUAAGCUCGCCUCCACACGCCAGCGCGAGGAUCGUCGCGGGCCGGAGCGCUGGCGCGCGCCGCCCUUGGCCCUUGGGCCUUGGCCCCCGCUCUCGCACCCAGGCUGCUGGAGCCCGUUGGCCGUGGCGUCAGCCUGGCUUUGCGUCAGCGUCAGGCGUGGGCGUUGGGUCUGGGGCGGGGUGGACCGCGCGCGCGCGCGCCCUGGCGAUGACAUGUGGGGCGCGCGCGCAGGGCUUGUCGUGUAAGGUUACGGCAUUACGGCUUAGAAGGGGCGCGCCUGAUGGCUGGCGCUGCUGCGGUAACGGAGGCUGCGGGUGGGUUCCAUUCAUUGGGCGGUGUCAUUGUCGUUAUCUAUCGGGACGGGGUGGUUGGUUGGUUGGUUGAUGAAGGAGGUGGGUGGGUGCUUGUGGAUGUGGAUGCGGAUGUGUAAGGGGGUGUAAGUAAGUUACUCACUCACGCACUCACUUGCUUCCAUGCCUCUUCC